AUGGGCGGAAAUAGCUUAGAGAAUCGAUCGCUGCUUGAUGAGCUUACAUGCUUUGAUAAUGGCAGCUCUUUUGAUCUCGGCCAUCCUUUACUGAAUCGCAUAGCCGAAAGCUUCCUCAAAGCCGCCGGGAUUGGAGCGGUUCAAGCAGUAUCACGAGAAGCUUAUUUCACAGCUGUUGAGAGUGUGAGUGGAGAUACAGGUGGUUUUCCGUCAGAAGUUAGCAGCGCGAAGAGGCAUCAUCGGUUUCCAGACCUUAAAGGAUUAGCUGCUGGGAUGUAUUCUGGUCUUACCUAUGGCCUGAAAGAGGCUCGUGGAAUCCAUGAUUGGAAAAAUAGCGCCUUGGCAGGAGCAAUCACUGGAGUAGCAAUGGCUCUAACAUCGGAUGAUCAUUCCCACGAGCAACUGGUGCAGUGUGCCAUAACGGGGGCUGCUAUCUCGACUGCUGCAAAUCUUCUUACAUGGGUAUUCUAA